GACUAACUGCAAGUGCCCUCUCACUGCGUCGCUGCACUCCGUGCACUUCCGCGCUGACGAGGCAGACGGUCUGCGGGCUCGCCGUCCCACAUCCACCCCCCACAGCCCACAUGAACGACACCCAGCCACUGAUGCCUGCUACUCCGCACACACCUGGCUCGCCAGCCGACGCGCUUGCCGCCCAGCAGCAGGAGCAGCUGCAGCCUGAGAGCAGCCGUGUGGGCGCCAAGAGACAGCUCAGGCGCGCCUCUGCGCCGAGUUCAGCGCACGGACGGAAGCAGCAGGAGAAGAGGAAGCGAGCUGCGUCGUCCACCUGGCCCGAGGGCCGUCAGAGGGAGUCCGCCUGCUCAGCACCAGCGGCAAGCAGGGCCUACGUCGAGGCAGGCAAACAAGCGCGGCCGCGAUCGACAUUUUCAGCCUCGCAUGGGCCCAGCGUCGAAAAGGGAGAGACAGCAGCUGCAGCGGCGCCAAAUGUCGACCUCUGCUCAGCUCUGCCGGCGGACAGGGCUGCGAUUUCCAUCGCAGACCAGCCGACGCCGUGCCAGGGAGCGUCGGUCGAUGGCGGGAUUCCGUCCACUCAGACGGUCGAUCCGCGUCAGCUCUUCCUUGCUGACAGCGACGCUGGGCCCAGCGCAGGUGCUGCAAGCUCGGGAGCUUUCGAGGAGUCCACGUGGCCAGACCUCUUCGGCCCAGACGGGAGGCUCAAGCGACCGCCCAACCGCUACGUCCUGUGGCAGCGCUCUCUGUCAGCUGCUCAGCGCAAAGAGCUGUCCGACCAGGUCCGUGCCGAUCCCGACAGCACCUCCCACAAGCACAUGGUGAAGGCAUGGAACGAUCUGGCUCCCGACAAGAGACAGCGCAUCGAUGCGCAAUACGAUGCGCUCGCGCGACGCUUCCGCGACACGGUCAGCAGUCUCACGGCGAGCGGCCAGGAGCACCGUCUGCCGAAGGCGCCUGUGCGAAACAAGGAGGCCACCCGCAAAGACUCGUCCGGCCCGUCCGGCACUCCAAAGAAGAAGACGUCGCGAGACACUGCCAGUGUCGCCCCUUCUCCUCGACAGCUCAGCGCAUCGCUUGACAGUGCGGGACUAUGCACGUCGCCGCAAGACUGUGGCAUGGCCGAGCAGUCGGUCGCAAGCUCGUCUGGCGCGGGCGGCGACGGACAAGAGGCUACUGGAGCUGUCCGUGACUCGCGAAUCGCAAGGCUGUCUGUCUUUGACUCCGAGCUCGUCCGUCACGGCCCGCUCGUCAAGCGGACCUCGUGGGAGCUCCCGGCGUGGGUGCACGGUCCAUCACGGGUGCCCGAUGCCGAGCGGCCUCCUUCUCCACGAGCCCGCUUCGACAACGCAGCUCCACUCCACGCCACGCAUCUCGUCAGCAGCGCUGUGACGCGACAUCGGGCGUCUUCACUUCGCUUUUCGCUGCCUGACGAGGAGCACUCCGGCGGGGCAUCCAGCCUGCUUUCCGAGCAAGCCAUCUUCGCGCCGCCACACGAACUGCCGCAACAGCAGCUACAGCAGCAGGAGAGUCCGGACGAGUGGCUGAUGCGCGAAGCAGCCGACUUGUCCGCCGCAUCGGACAUGCCGGCUGCGGACGUUGCGGUAGAGCCUCUCGAGAGCGAAUGUGUCUGCACAGAUCCUCCAGCACGACGUUCCUGAGGUCAGCGCUGCGCUGACGCCAGCAGAGAUGUCCCUCGCCGAUCGGCUCGAGCGACAGGCCGCGAUGCUGCACGACUGGCACAUGCGAGGCAUGAUCAUGGACGAGCCCGACUACGUUCCGCGUGUGACU